AUGCAACACGGCCAGCACUUCUCACGUCAGCCCAGCUUCCACCAUCCGGCACAGCCAGCUGCAGCCCCACCGGGCGACCUCCUUCCUCCGCACGUAGAUGGCCAAAUCCGCGCGGAGCUGCACGACGCCGACCCGCCUCACCCCGCACAGUCAGGCAGCAGCAGAUCGCCCACCUUGCGCCUUCCGAGCGGCCUGGAGCCACCGCGAGCAGCCCGCGCAGCGGCCCAUGAGGCCCAGAUCGGGCCCGGGGCAGGCCCCGACGCCCGCGCCGCCGCCACGAGUCCAGCCGUCGCCGCGUCGAAGGCUCCUCCGUCGCCGCACGCCGCACACCCGGCCAAGCCUCCCCCGCUGUUGCGCCAUCUCGCCGGCCUCCGGCCCCCAACGCGGCGGCCCUCCUCCCUAGCCACAGCGUGA